GCAUCGGGGGAGGAACAAAUGGUCUAUAUCGGGGUGGCGUACUCGCGAGCAGUGGUUGGUAGGCAUCAUUAAUUAUAUGGGAGUUAUUGGCACUAUCAACGUAGCGUUUCAAAGACCGGAUGCACUACAUACGCAUACUGUCCACUUCCUGCGGGCGAAACGGCAACGCAAUCGAAGACAUAAUUUGAUAGUAAUAUUAUCGCCCAGAGCGAAAAGUUCAUACCAUUCUGGUGAAACUAAUUUUGAAACAACUUAUACGAUAGAUACAAUUGUAGCUUAAGAAACUUGUUACGUAACAUUUUUCGCUGUUUUAAACUUGUUUAAAAUACAUAUUAACUCUAUGGGUAUAUACAAUACUCUCUCAUUUUUAUCACAUAUCUAUAUACAUCUCGUGGAUGUAUAUUUUGCCUCUAGAUAACUUUAUCAUAAAUAUAAAUGUUUAUUGAUACACUUUUCCUAACUGUGUUUUAUCAUUAAGCAUUCUUUUCAACAGAAUUAUUAUUUUGUGACAUCAAAGUUUUGUAAUCUUAACAAAUAUAUUGCUUAUACGUGUAUAUUUGUUGCAAAACUGUCCCUAAUUAUUCAUAAAACCAUCUGCUUUUCAUCGCAUAUUUUAAUAUGUGAUACAUAAAUUUCUUAAACAAGAUAGUUGUUAUUCAUUACUUAUUUUGCAUUUUGAUUGCUAAAUAUUUUAUUAGCAAUUCAGGUAAUACAAUAUUAAAUAAUUACUUUUAAUAUUCCCACACUAGAAAUAAAAUUCAAUUUGAUCAAAUAGAAAAAUUUUGUACAUGUAUGACAAAAUUUUAAUUUUACUUAUGUUGAACUAGUGUACACUGCUCUUCAGCUCGUGACUCUCACAUUUUUUCGUAUACUGUUUUCUACCUCUAGGCCAAAGCUUGGUCUCAUAGUACAAUUUAACUAUUUUGUGAUAUCAACCUGAUCAUCUAAGUCACGUUGCUGGACUUGGUGUAAUUGUCCGAUAAAAUCUGCAAUUUUGCGGGACGUUCAUUGGCUGCACAUCAAGCGAUAUAGACACGGUAUACGAAGCGCUGCACAAGCCAAGUUUCUUCGUGCUAAACUUUAGCCGAUCUCCACACUGACCAACCCAACAAGACCACCGCGUAUGCGCGCAAAAAAAAUUCUCACCGUGUGUGCUGAACAAUGUGCAUGCGUGCGCGCGCGCGUGUGUACAGCGUAUUGCUGUGUGUGUCCUGUCUUUCGUCUUGCUCUCAUCGUGGUCACGGGAUGAAUGCCACGCGAGUCUCCGUCCUCGUCUCGCGGACCCCCCCACUUCCUCGCUCGUCACUCGGCGCGAACCGCGCGUCGCGUAAGGCUAGUCCCCCCACCCGCGUGUCGGCAACGGUGGUGAGGGAACUUCGGGCACGUGGGCGGUGUCAAACCGAGCCACGCCCAAUCGCGUUGCCCCUUUACCAGCCCGGCGCGCUCGUCAAAUGUUUUUCGUCGCGGAUUAUGACGCGGUCUGCGCGAUUAUGACCACCUCUCUCUUUCUCUCGCCCGCACCGUCGCUCUCCUUCCAUCUUAUGUCCAUGCUCCCCUCGCUCUCCGCGUAUCACGACACUCGGUGGCUGGAUUUUUUUUUCUUUCUCUCUCUCUGCCUCUCUUUUUCUGUCUCUCGUAUCGCUAUCUUCUCCUACCGACGAGGACAAACUUUGCUCUUGCCUCAGCCGUUUGCUAUCACGUCGUCUCGGACAUGCGAAGAGGCGACUAAGCUCCUUCUCUAGAAAGAGAACGCUGUGUGGGGUUUCUCGCAAUAUAUGUGUACCCGUUGGAUUUUUAGACGCUCUUUCUUUCGCCUUUUGCUUUAUGUUUUUUUUUUCCUUUAUAUAUUUCGUUUCCUUUACGUUCGACUGCCUCUAUCCGAUAGCUAACGUAUAGUGGCAUCGAUCGCCGCCGAUACGUUUUUCUCAGAUCGGCCAAGGAAGAAAAGAGAGCGAAAAGUGUGGAAUGAGCUGUCCACAAUGAGUGUCUGGCAAUGUAGUAUGUAGGAUAGAGACAAAUGAGAAUUGGCAUAAGGUGAAGUCAUGAGAAAUAACCUGUCAGAUGUGCAUGCUGUGGUAAUUAUUACAUGAAUAAUUCAACCAGUCUAAUCGCGUCCUCCAAAAAUAUAAAUAAGAGUAUUUAAAUUUUAGCAUAAAAAAACUUAAACUCUUGCGACUAUAAAGUUGAAAACUAACUUGGGAAAUCUUUUACAGUAGGCAGUAAGUCAUUUAAUUUAAAUCAAUAAAAUAUUCAAUAUCGUUGAAAGAGUCACGUAGCUAUAUUAAUCAAUAAGUCAACACUAAUAUUUAAAAAAACUAUUAUAAUAUACAUAUAAAGUAUAUGAGAAAUCUUAUAUGUGUUAUAAAUUAUGUAUGUUAUAGAUGCGUUAUUACUUGAAUAUAAUAUAGAUUAUUUAAUUUGUGACAUUCUGAAGUGUAUUCACUUGGAUGAAAUUUGAAAAUAUACCUGAGGGUGAAAUUUUCGAGCAAUAUUAUUCAUUACUUUUCUUUUGUAAGGUAAAUCAGAAGAAUUGAGUUUACAAGAAGUGCAACGGAAAGGUGUACGUUGCCAAUAAUUCACUGCAGAAGUAAUAAAUAAUGAAGCAACAUGAUCCGCCCCUUUGUUCCAGACGUUUAAUCCUCCCGCGUUUCUCUCUCCCUAUAUAAUUACGAUUAAACCGGAUCAUGGCCCGGCAAACUGAAUUUUGCUCCGGGCCAGCAAAAAAAAAAAACGACUUCCGAUCGACAGUCUCAGCGUGACGGUCACUCUUUACGACGCUCCCGAAUAAUGUGAUUCUGGAUAUAUAAUUUCAGUCCGUGCGGGUAGAAGAGCUUUCGCGGAUUUGGCAACACUGUGAUGCUCUGGGCGUCUCAGCAACACUCUGUGGCGCGAAGGACGAGCGUCGAGCGUUUCACGACAGAGAAAAAGCGGGAGAGGUUUCGUUGGUAGGAAAGGGUGAAGGGCGGCACCCGCGAGAGACGAGACGGGGGAGUACAGCGGAUGACGGAGACGAUAAGCGCAAGAGGGGAACAGAUUAGGUCACGUGAUAACAUGGAGGGGGAUGAUCGCGGCGACGGUAGGGGUAUAAGGGGUGUGGCUACGGGUUUUCUCUCUGUCGCCGCUACUUGCCGUGCUAAAACGGGCGAUGGAGCCACCCGAGCGCGAGCGAGAGGGACGGAACGAGACGGGGUGAGAUUCGUGACGCUGUACCGUGCGAAUUUUGGCACGGCUCUCGAAAACUUCUCACUAGCGGUAUUUCGCGGAAAACUCGGUGAAUUCCCGACGUGGCCAAUUGUGUUGCAUUACGGUGAUGAUAAAGUAUAUUCGUCACGCGGGCGCGCGCGAUGAAAAGUAUUUUUUUUUUUUUCGGGUGAAAUGUCGCCAAACUUUUAUACAGAUGAAUUAUGUGAUUUUACGUUUUUCCUGAUCCGCUCGAACAAAAAACUUUACAGUUUCUAAACUCCGGAAUUGCAAAAUAUAUUAGAAAUAGAAUUAAUAUUAGUUGGAAAAUGUAAUAUUAUUUGGCUAAAAUGUCACUGUGUCACACAUUAUAUACCUUUCUGUGACAUUAGAUUACUACAUUAUUAAUUAGUGACAUAUACCUCUCGUUAAGUUAGAACUUUGUUUGAUAGUUAAAGUUACAACUAAUGAUACCCAUAUGCUUGUCCAAUUAUUCAAAAUCUGCUAGUAAUACGCGGGUACCUGCUAUAUGUAACCCGUAUGGCUCGCAUAAUCAAAAUUCGCUUAUCCGUAAUAUGUAAAUUUGUAUCUUUUUAUCAUAAUAGAGUUAAACAAUUCGGAGCGCCCGUUAAAAUUAAACAAAACUAGAAUUAUACAAAUCCAGCUUAAUAAUAAAAAUAUAAUUGCAUUCUUAUGCAAUAAAUUUUUCGCUUAUUUCAGCAAAAUAUGGAAUAACUAGUAAAGAUGAGAAUACUCGGAUAACAAAAGUAAUACGAGUUCUGUAUCUCUGAAUAGUAAUUCGGUUAAUUCACGUCUCAAUUCAAAUCAAAUUAUUAUAUAUCUAUUUUAGAAAAGUCGUUUCUGUGUUUUGAUUGUAUAACUUUUCCUAGGCAAAAAGAUAAUAUUUUUUACAAGUAACUCAAUGUCUCGAAAAAUGUAUUUAAUUGCAGCAAUUCGAGGCGCGGAACGACAUCUGAGAGCAAUAACAUUAUUCUCCGAUUCGGCAAACGGAGGUGUCGGCCAACGUGGCAACUCAGACGUGAAAAUUCUCUCGCGUCAAACGCGAGAGCGUUAACGUUCAGUCGACGAAGAUUCGAGCGAGCUUCACUAACGACACCUCGCGACGUCGGUCGCCCCCUCUCCGCCUACGGUAUCCCCGUGAUGCCCCCGCCCUCGUCGGAAGGCAGUGACGCAGGGUGGUGUUAAUGGGCGUACUCGCGGUUAACACCCUUAGAACCCGUCCGGGUGGUGGGGGCCACACGUUGGGUUCACUGACGACACGGAGCCGAGGAGCGGCGUCGCGAGCGUGUGUACGUGACGCGCGGCGAGCGGUGGGGAUAAGUCCGACGGGAGAGGAAAGAGAGGGAGAGCGCGCGCGAAGGCGCGAGCGAGACCGUCGCCGGCUCCGAGAGAGUAGCGUCGGAAAAGGCGUCGAGUCCAACGCCGCUCGGAUUGGCGCCGGAACGCCAAUCCGGACUACGAGCGCUCAUUAUCGCCCGACUGACUGGGGUAGGGAGAAGGUGCCGCGAAAUUCACCCUUCCUCCCACUCCGCGCGCUUGCCGCCUCGCAGCAGCAUUUCGUCAGGCCGCGGUCUCUCUCUCUCUCUCUCUCUCACUCUCUCUCUCCUUCUCAUCGACCGUCCUCGUCGCACUCGCGGGCGCUCCAGUGUGUGCCGACUGAGUCGGGGAAGGCCGGAUCGCUCCCGACUCCCCUCCACACUCCCGAGUGCUCGGACGGUCGCAGGGGUAGGGAGGAGGAGCAGCCCCCGCACGGUCUCAGUCUUCGCGUCGCUGCCCUCCAGCAUUCACGCCUCCCGCGUCCGUUCCGCGGCGCAGGCACACCGCGCGCGCGUGGUCCUAUAUACACGCGCGUAAAACGCACGCACACGGGCCCGCGGACCACCCAUAUACACGCGCGGCCGCCGCCGUACACGCCGCCCUGAAUCCGGACGGGGACUUUAGCACACCAACACCUCCGCGGGAGGUGUGGGGGUGAGCCCCCAGAGUAGGUGUCAAUCCUAGCGCUGCUCAGUGACCAUCGCGGCGCCACCCAAGUAACACCUUUCGUCCGCUCUUCAGCUCCGGCCGAGAGAACGUCGUCGUCGUCGUCGUCGUCACCGAGAGAAGAGAGAGAACUCAUCCUGCCUUUUUCCACUCGUCACACGUCGCGUUACGUCGUUCUCUCGUCGUCGCCCGUUGUCGUCGUCGUCGUCGUCUCGCGCUUCUCCACGUCUCCCGCCGCGGCCGGAGACACGCGUGUCGACCGGCGCGUGACGCGUCCAACUGAACUUGUACUCUCCUCUCGUGUGCUCUGCGCGUAGUCCCCGCAAAUCCGGUCGGACGGUCCGAGCGGGAGACGGUGUUGCCAGAAGUCACAUCGAGAUCUGUGUCGCGAGCGCGGUGUCGGAAGACAAGAAGACUCGAUGACGAGUCAGUGAGCACAAGUUGGAGUGAGCGAUAACACCAUGGCCUAGCUAGAGUGACCCUACCUCGCGGUGCCCAGUGUCCCUCGAUGAUGGGAGUGACUCUUAUACUCAAGAUCUAUCGCGCGGCGUCACCGUGGUAGCAGUGGACACGGGUAGUCCGGUCGCGCGAGUGCGUGUGGCUCCUCGGCUCGAUUCGGAGUGUGUGCCACGAGUGUGUGUAGCGUCACAUCACAGGUAUUUCACAGAUAUCAGGUGCAUAUCUCGGCUCUGUCAGGUCUGUCUCUCAUACCAACUCGCGAGUGAGUGAUACACCCAGAGAAAGAGAGAAAGAGAGAGAGAGAGAGAUCCUGCCGGCAGGAGUUCGAAUGUCCGCUCGAACGUCGCGGGACGAUGUCGACAGCUAGGCAGCUGCUCUCGGCAACGCUCAUCAGUGAGAUCACCGUGAUCACCGUCGUCGGCAAUUUCCCGCGGCCAGAGCAUUGGACCUUGGAGAAUCGCGAUCCUCUACUCGAGUCUUGAACGCGGAUCCUUGGAGCAGGAGCAGGAGGAGGAGGAGGAGGAGGAGGAGCGAGAUGCGUGAUCGUUGAGACUAGGACAGCGGGACACACAAAGGACUCGACGAGAGGGUCCUAAGAGAAAGAGAUAGAGAGAGAGAGAGAGAGAGAGAGGAGGCAGGCUUGUGAGUCACUCGAAGAGGAAUCUCGCGCGACUCGGCACACUCGCCCGUCUCGAUGAGAUUCGAACAAGACACGGCGUGCAGGGGUACCCACUGCGCCAGCACUCCGCAACCCUCCGCGCUGCAGCAGCGAUCAGCACGGCUCGAGGAGGUGGUGGUGGUGGAGGAGGAGGAGGAGGAGGACUCCCCCGCGAAGGACGUAGUCAUCGACGGCAGUCAACGGCGUAGACUCGCGGGCAUCGCGGAAUUGGAGAUUAACGUGGUCGAGGGCGCGAACACGGGGCCGCGGGCCGAGGCGCGGGGGCCUGGGAUGGCGUACCCCGCGUCAGCGACGGCUCUGAAUCAGCACUCGCCCUUCGCGAGCACCCUCGCCGGCGGCACGCCGCCCGCCAGCAAUCCGAACGGCCACAUCGCCGGCCCCCUGCCGGCCCCGGCGGCACCGCGGCCGACGGACUUUAGCGUCUCCUCGCUGCUGACCGCGGCGAGCACCCAUCCACCGUCCGCCGCCGGCGGCAUCCUCGGCGGCUCCUCGUCCCAGGGCAGCGGCUCCCCGCCGCCCGGCGGGCCCGGCAGCCCGGCGGCCGCGCCGGAGACCCCGCCGCCGCCCUUGCCGCCCGGCGGCCAGCAGCAACGCGGCGACCUGUCGUCCACGCACCACUCGUCCUCCGCGGUGGCGGCCGCGAGUUACUUUAGCGCUGCCGCCCUGGCGGCAGCCGGUUUCUACAAUCCGGCGGCGCAUCUGCCGCCCACCAGCUCGCCAGGGCCGACCGCGGCGCAUCAUCUCCAGAGCAAGGCCAGCAUACUCGCCGGCGCGCACCAUCCCCAUCCGCAUCUCAACCCGCACGGUAUCACGCCGCCAGGCCUGGGCCUGGGCCCGCAUACGCCGGAGGAGGUCCUGGCGGCGGCCGCGGCGGCGUUACAUCACCAUCACCAAGGCCCCGGCGGUCCGACGAUGAGGCCCCUUAGGCCGCCAUUACCGCCGGGAAUGCUCCACACGUCGCCGCAUCCCCUGGCGACGCAUCAUCCCCUGACGGCGCCGCAUCAUCCCCUCGUGCCACCUCAUCAUCCGGAGGAGGACGGUGUCGUCGAUGACCCCAAGGUCACGCUCGAGGGAAAGGAGCUCUGGGAGAAAUUCCACAAGCUCGGGACGGAAAUGGUCAUCACGAAGAGUGGCCGGCAGAUGUUUCCUCAGAUGAAGUUCCGAGUUUCCGGUCUGGACGCCAAGGCCAAGUACAUCCUUCUACUGGACAUUGUCGCCGCCGAUGACUACAGAUACAAAUUCCACAACAGUAGGUGGAUGGUAGCCGGUAAGGCGGACCCGGAAAUGCCGAAGAGGAUGUACAUACAUCCGGACUCGCCCAGCAGCGGCGAACAGUGGAUGCAGAAGGUCGUGAGCUUCCACAAACUCAAGCUCACCAACAACAUCAGCGACAAGCACGGCUUUGUAAGUACUACGAUACUGAACUCGAUGCACAAGUAUCAGCCGAGGUUUCACCUCGUGCGAGCUAACGACAUCCUGAAACUUCCAUAUUCGACGUUCAGGAGUUACGUUUUCAAGGAGACGGAAUUCAUCGCCGUGACGGCCUACCAAAACGAGAAGAUCACCCAACUAAAGAUCGAUAACAACCCCUUCGCGAAAGGAUUUCGGGACACUGGUGCGGGGAAGCGCGAGAAAAAAAGGCAGGCGCUACUGACAGUAUCGGGCGGCGGUUCCCGUUUGACAGCGGGUGGACCGGCGUCGCCGGACAAGCGGCGCUCGUCGAAUUCCGCCACCGACCUCAUGGACGACGAGGACAAGCUGCUGGACGUGGUUGGACCCGACACGCCGCACCCGGCCCAUCAUCAUCGGGAACGCGAGCACUCCCGCGAGCGGGACGAUCGGACGAGCGAGCGGGGCGAGGGCAGCGAGUCGUCCGGCUCCGAGAGCGGCGGCGGACCAGGCGGCCCAACGGGGUCCGAGGGCCCGCGGCCGGACGUCUCCGUCGGACCACCGCUUCACCCGCCUCUGUUGCCGUAUCUGUAUCCCCCGGUGCCCGGACUCUAUCCCGGCCCCGGUCACCUGAUACCACCGAGUCCCCUUGGCCUCCACGGUGGGGUCACGCCCGGUAUGCUGUUUAACGCCCAGCUGGCCUUGGCGGCCCAGCAUCCGCUCUUCGCGCACUACCCCCAUCCCCUAACCAGUCCCCUGCAUCAGCUCAAGGGUCACAGAUUCGCGCCCUACACCCUCCCGGCGCCCUCGCACGGCUCGGCCUUCGAAACCGUGACCCCCGGUAGCAGGACCCUAAGCCCGAGAUCACCGCCGCCGAGGCCACCAACCGACUCGCCGACGCCAACCGGCGGCGGUGGUCUCACCUCGACGACGCCCAGCUCCGCCGGUGAGCUCAAGUCUAUCGAGAACAUGGUGAACGGUCUACAGGAGAAGAGAAGGAGAAGUCCGAGUCUUACGCCCGGACAUCGAGGCGACGAUGCCGGCGGGGGGAGUCCGUGACAGGAGAACGAGCCUGUGAGCAGCACGAAGGACGACGACCCCGAGGACGAGGACGAGGAUUGCACCGACGAGUCCGGUGGCGACCCGGAGGACCUCUCCGCCGACGAGAGGGAGCCGGACUCCACGUCGGAGCCGUCGUAGCGGCGGGAACGUUGGCUGAUCGGCAUUCGGUUCUCCCUGUCUUCUCCUCCUCCUCCUCUUCCUCCUCCUCCUCCUCCUCCUCCUCGUCCUCCUCGUCCUGUUCGGGAUUCCUGGCCGCGCCGGACGGGAGCGAGGAAGGCCGGACUCUCAUACUACAAAGUGCAAUUUUAUUUCCGGAGCGGCGCCGCGCUCGACAGGUCGUUUUCUCUCGCGAGCGAGUGCGGCGCCCUUCGUGCUUUCGGGACGGAACGAGGAGUCCCCCCGCGUGUUUCCUGUAUCUGUAAAUAGAUAUUUACGCGAGAGCGCGAUACCGCGCGCGUUAGGAGUGUGCGUCUCUGUUAAAGGACCGCGAGGUGGGAUGCGUUGGACUCUCAAUGGACGCUGCGCCGAUCGCGCGCUGCUGUAAAUUAAGUGAGACGCGAGAGUGAAUGCGUCGAAAGAAAAAUGAGAGUGUAUAUGUGUGUGUGUGGGUGUGUGUUUGUGUGUGAGAAAAAGAGAAAAAUAUGGGGAUGAAGUCUAUGAGCGCGUAUCCGUGUCCCGUGUGAGUCUACGUUCUACCUGUGUACGUUAUAGGUCUUAAGGGAAGAAAACAGAGAACGAUAUUGCAAUAUAAGAGCACCUCCUACUAUUUGCAGUCCCUGUACAUAUGUACCUUAGUGAUAUUAUAUAUAUUAUAUUAUAUAUAUAUAUAUAUUAUAUUAUAAAAAUAUAAAUAACAUCUACUCUCUCUGUAUUAAUUAUUAAAUAUAUUAUUAUAAUGAUUAGAGAGACGUAAACGCAUAAAUGCACGAUGCCCGAUUUAUGCCUCGAAAGCGCAAAAGAAAGCCGCAAACAAUUUCAAAUUCGAAAAAUCUCGGGGCCCGAGUCGACGAUCUAUAGAAAAAAAAAAAUAACGCGGCGUAAACCGCGGAUUGGUUCACUGAAAAGCAGCGCCGUUCUCGAAACCUUUCGUUCUUGAAAUUUCACGUCGUCCGAAGACUCGCGUUCUUUGAACGUCGAAGAUAAAGCCGUCGGUCAAAACAACAUGGCGGGCGAUUAACUUUUCGUUUGUUUACUCGGACAUUAUCAUUAAUGAAUCGCGCACAAUUUUUUUUUCUUUUUAACUUUUUUCCAAAAAAGAAACUUUUUAGUAUAUUAAAGUGUAAAUUGAAUUUGUAAUAAGAGAAACGGCUUGCAAAAAUCAAUAUUUUAUUUUCACGUUGCCGUCGUUGUAGCAUUAUAUAUAAAUUUUGUUUUAUUUUUUUAUUUUCAAAAAUAAAGCAAAUCGAGGCUUUAUUUUUUAAUAGUUACUUACUCGAUUGCUGAAUUAUAGUGAACCGAAAUCCCACCGUGCCGAUUAAAAGUCCGAGUCGGUCUGUAAUUUGUAUAAAUGGCGGUGUAAAUAGUUAUUAAACGCGUAAUAAGAACGAAUAAAUUUGCAAUCAACUCGCGCGGGAGUCACUUUAGGAAGCAGAGGGAUUCGCUACCGCGAAUGCUGCGUGUAACACAAUAGAAAUGGUUUAGAGAGAAAAACCUGACGUCCGGGAUAGGAGAUAACGGUGAUUUAAGGCGAAAUCUCGCGAUGCUAACCGCGGGAGGUAGCACGGCAAUGUGUUUCUUUUCUUUCUUUUUUUUUUUUUUCUUUAAGGGAACGAUUCUCCGAGAAUGGGAUUCUCCUGUGAUGUCCGAGAAUGGGAAGCCGUUAUCGUUUGCACGCACUGCGACAAUGCGAAUGCGCCGCACGUCCGCACGUUGUACGGUCGCAGCGGCAAUCGAAAGAUCUCGAUACUCGGCGCAAUGCACAUUUGGCGUUUAACGUCGAUCAUCUUGUUGUGCAAUUGACGAUCGCGGCUUCUCAUUCGUAUUCUAAGCCACUCUGCCGUAAUUUGACUAAUCGCUGUCACGUCUCCUACGCGUUUUCGAUCCUGCAGUAGCGUAUCGAGUAUCGUAAAAUGAGAAAGACACGAGCGGAUCUUCUAAGUCGAUCUCUCGUUACUAAUAAUUUGUUGUUCAGUAAAUACAAGAAGGUAAGUCGACAACAGCGAUUGAAAGAAGCAACGUUAAAUGUAGCAACUGAUACGAUAUGUUAUUUAUUUAAAAAAUCAAUUUUACGCGUUACAUAUUCGUCCAGUAUUUUUUGCCAAACCGAAAUAUUUCAAAGUUCUUAGACUGUAUACUUUUACUUCUUUAAUAACCAAUUAAUAUUCAUUUUAAUUUUAUAAAAAGACAAACGUGAUUAUGUGACGUGUUGAUUGUGUUAAACGUCUAUGAUAUCUAAAUAUACUGAUUGAAACGAGAGAUGUAACAUGUACAUCGACUUUUGGAAGUUCUAAUCCAUUUUGCGAUACCCGUUAAGCGGGCUAGCUCGUCGUUGUAAUAUGUCUGUACAUCCGAAUCGAUUAUAAGGGAGCGAAGUGUUCUGAAAUCCGAAAGCAAUAAUCGAGCAGAGCUGUGAGUUCAACUAUCGCGGAUGAAACUAAUCGGUUCGGCUGUCCUAUUAAACUAUACCGCGGUCGGCCAAGACUUCCAUAUUUUCUAAAAAUUGGCAGACAUUUUUGAGUGCGAAAUUCCUGACGAAGGAUUUUCGAGCGAUUCCAAAUGAAUACCUCGAAAAUCUGAGGUCAUUUCAAUCGUAUUGUCGAGUAUAACAACGGGUCUGACGAUUAUUGUUUAUCAUACUUUGAGCGAGAACCAGAAGCUUAUUUCUAUAAUCUGGUAGACGGAAUGACAUGUAGAUUUUUUUAUUUAAUUAAUAUGUUGAUCGGAGAACUCUUGUCACAGUGAUAACAAAAUCGCCUUGAAAAGCGGCGAGAUAAAUAUUUUCCACAAAUCUUUAUUACUUUGUUUACUUGUUACUUAUUACGCAGAACCCUUGAUUCGUUUAAACAUGUUGAUUUUAAUAAACCCUGUUCAGAUAUCGCUCUGUUGAUAGAAAACCAACACAUUUCAAAAUUAGCAAUCUUUAGUGGAACAUUUUUCAAAUUCUGAUUUGGAUCAAUGUUUUAAUUAGUGAAUAUAUGCAUAAUCUCACUUCUUUCUUUCCAUGUAUGCUUUCACGUACACAUAUGCACACAAAAUUAUAAUGUAUUUUUUUUAAACUCUGUCAUAAAUUUUCACUUAGAAACCGCAAUUCUAAUACAAUGUAAAUUAUUUUGUAUUUUACCAUGUGAGUUGUGACAUUUCUAAUAAACUGAAUGUGUCGUUUUUCUACAAAAAUAUAUUAAUCUUUGGAGUCGAUUUCUUUUCAUUAGCUCUAAAAAUAUUAUUUUUUGACUUGUGUUUCUAUCAACGUGGUGAUAUGCCUGGCAAACAUGUUGUACAUAUAUUUACUUUGUUCCAACCUGUUUAUAUUCAGUGUUAAAUAUGGUGCUCUCGAUCCUGAAUUUCACUUACACGAAAAAUUCAAUCGGCGCAGAUGUGAAAUGGGAAUUACCGUAUUUAGCGCUAAAUGUACGAAAACGAGCCAAUGUUCCGGUGCAAAGGUAGAAGCUGAUCGAUAUGUACAGAUACGCAAUUGAACAGGCAAGUGGAUGAAGAAGGCUUGUCACAUUCUUACGCACGCUAAGUUAUUUGUAUGAAUAAAUGUUAUUCCCUAUUGUAUUAUACGUAUCAGUACGUAAAGUGUAUUAUUAAUUUAGUGCUGUGAUGGUUCUUAGUGAAGUUGGCCUGUGGAUGCGAAGAGUCCAUGUACAAUAUUAAGUCACACAUUAAUGCGACCGCUAAUUAAUUUAACGCUGAAAACUUGUAAUCACGAGGCAUCAUUAAAUCAAACAUUUUCUUCGUCCAUCUGCUCUUUCAAUUUAACGACUCGAUCGUCUAUGACUCAUCGGAAUUUUGAAACACCGCUACGGUCAAACAUUUUCGGCCGAUUGAGAUCUCGCGUCUCGGUUCCCUCGAUUCUUCGGGAAUUUGCUCAAUCCCUCGCAUUAUAAUUUUCGUGGCUUCCUUCGGGGCGUUACGCACGGUCGUGUGUGUGUGUGUGGUCCCGAAGCGAGCGUCAUCGUCGACGAGAAAAUAAAGAAAAUAGCAAUUUUUAAAAAAUGAGUAAAAAGAAAAAGGAAGAGAAAACGAAAGGGAAAGACGAUCGGUCCAGACGUGGGCCGCGCGCGUCAAAAGCGAAUCUAACUUCUUAACACGAGAAUCGUGAUAUUCCGUGACUUGUGUAUUGUACACUCUUUAGAUUCUCUGUCCUCCGUUCCCAACCCAUCAUCGAAGUCCCUCCGCAAAAUCCACGUGAUUAAGAAUUAUAUAUAUAUAUAUAUAUAUAUACAUAUAUUAAUUUAAAAAUA